AUGAUUAUUGUAUUGCUAAUAUUACUAUUUGAUGUUAAGGCAGAUUGGUACCAUAGCACUUUGGCAUUCACAUUGACAGCGAAUAACCUUCAAUAACACUUGGGAAAGUAGAAACACGUAAGUAUUUAACGAAACAGGUUGUAUUAGAUUUCUUUACUCCCUGGUGUAUAUAUUGUCAACAUAUGGCAGGAGAAUUCAAUUAGGUGUUUGAACACUAUAAGGCAACAAGGCCAGAUAUCUUGAUUGCUAAGAUGAAUUGUGAUGAGUAACAAAAUAGGCAUAUCUGUCAUCGUUUUGGAGUGCAUUCAUUUCCAACAAUUUUAUACUUUCCUCCUGGAUAGGAUAGACCGACUUCAUAGUUUCAGAAUCACAGGAGGUUUGAAUUCUUCGUUUAAUGGAUUGAUUCGUUGGCAGAGUCUGGAUAAUAAAAAUUGGAGAAGAUGUUAAAGGAGCAGGAAUAAUAAGAAUAACGAUUAAAAGAGAUGAUGGAAUUAGAGAGAUUGAAGAAAAUUGAAUUCGAAGAGCAAGAUACAAAAAAGGAAGAAGAAAUACNUUAGAAAAUAAAGAAAUGGAUAAUUGUUGAUGGGUAAUGCAAUAAUUUUCGGUCUACUCAAUGGAAUACUAGUGAAAAUGGAACAUGGUUGGAAAUGGCGCAAAAUAAAGACUACUAUUUGGAUAACGAAUAAAUAAUAAAGGUUAAUGAUAUUGAAAUUACGAUGCAUUGGGAUUGA